AUGCUGAAGUCAGAGCCACUAUCACAAGAUCCAGAUACCAAUGAAACAGAUGGAAAAGUUUGUUUAAAAAGACGUUUGGGCUUUUUAGACAGUGUGAGCUUUCUGGUGGGAAGCAUUAUAGGUGCUGGAAUUUUUGUAUCUCCUAAAGCUGUUUUGGAAUAUUCUCAGCUCAACAUUGGUGUGGCACUAUGCAUUUGGGCAGCAUGUGGUGUGGUGAGUAUAUUUUGCACCCUUUGUUACGCAGAGCUGGGUUCAUCUUUGCCAUUCGCUGGUGGAGAAUAUUACCACGUCAGGCGAGGACUGGGACCUAUACCAGCUUUUGUAACCAUCUGGACAUUAACAUUGUUUGUAAGGCCAUCAUCCAAUGCUGCCAGAGCCCUGACCUUUGCCGAGUAUGUCAGUCGGCCAUUUUAUGGAGGAUGUCCCCCACCUGAGCUUCUCAAGAAAUCUUUAGCUAUUGGAAUUCUCCUGGCUUUGGGAGUCAUAAAUUCUAAGAGUAUCAAGUUGGCCACAUGGGUUCAAAAUAUAUUCACAGUUCUCAAAUUGAUGGCCUUGGCACUUAUUAUUGUCUAUGGCAUCAUUGAGUUUGCAACUAAUCCAGAAGCUUCAAAGCCCUUUCACGAUGCUUUUAAUGGACAAGUCCCAAAUGCAGCACAAACGGCAGAGGCCUUUUUUCAAGGCCUGUAUGCCUAUGGAGGAUGGAACUACCUAAACUACAUGGCAGAGGAAAUAAAAAACCCAAGCAAGAACAUUCCUCGCAGUGUAAUAGCAGCCAUGUGUGCCGUGAUUGUCUUCUACUUGCUGGUGAACAUCUCAUACCUCACAGUUCUGACACCCAAAGAGCUUAUAUCCUCAGGUACAUCAAUUUCUAUUAAAUAA